AUGCCAACCAUCCUCCGACGAAUCUUGUCUUCAAGAACGAAAACACCCCAAAUUCAAACCAGUACACAUCGCACACCAGUUAGCUAUGUUAUACAAAUGGUGACAGCAGGUGUUGCGAUCUGGGCCUCGACCGCAUUGAUCAGUCACCAUGUAAUUACCACAUCUAAUUCCAUCGGCCCAUCCAUGUACCCAAGCAUGCCCGAAACCCUCUCCGUGAACAUAAUAUCCCGACGGCAUCAAAAAGGCAAAAACAUCCGACUCGGCGACGUGAUUAUUUUCGACAGUCCUAUCUUCCCUCGCGGCAGCGCAUGUAAACGUGUCGUCGGUAUGCCCGGGGAUUACAUCUUGCGCGACGAAGCACAGAGUCCGAAUGUGGCGGGCGCGGUUGUUUAUGGUGGAGGAAGUGGCCAGAACGAUAAAAAAGAUAAUAGAGCUGAGCCGUUAAUGGUGCAGGUUCCAGAGGGGCAUGUUUGGGUGGCGGGUGAUAAUUUGCCUUAUAGUCGAGAUUCAAGGUUUUAUGGUCCUGUGCCAAUGGCGUUGAUUACGGGCAAGUUGUUGUAUAAUGGAGAUGGGUGGUUUAAUUGGAGAUCGUUUAGAAAGGAGCAGCUGGUGAGGGUGGAUGAGUUGGAAGAGUUGGGUUGA